AUGCCUGUCGCCAUAUCAGCUCCCGGGAAGGUCCUCCUGGCUGGUGGAUAUCUCGUCCUCGAUAAAGACUACUCGGGCCUUGUGUUUGGACUCUCGGCGAGGAUCCACUCGAUUUCAACACCCGACCCUGAGGCGGCGGGCCCAGGCGUCAUCACGGUCAAGUCGCCGCAAUUCACGAAUGCGGUGUGGAAGUAUAAGAUCAGCUGUCCAGACUCGGACAAGGGAGUGGUCGUGACACAGGUCAUGGAGGAAGAGUCCUCCAAAAACCUCUUUGUGGAGACGACUCUUCGUUAUGCCCUGACUUACAUCUCGUCCACAACGCUGAUCACCGACUUCGAGUCAAAAACUAUCACCAUUCUCGCGGACAACGACUACUACUCGCAGCCCACCUACCCCGCCCCGCGCUUCAACCACCUCAACACGCCCCUCUCCGCAUCGCACAAGACCGGCCUCGGCUCCAGCGCCGCCCUCGUCACCUCCCUCACCGCCUGCCUUCUCGCAACCUACAUCCCACCCCCGGCCUCAGCUCCAGAGCUCCGUACAAUUCUCAAACAGCAACUCAUCCACAACCUCGCACAGGCCUCCCAUUGCGCCGCCCAAGGCAAGGUCGGCAGCGGCUUUGAUGUUGCCGCCGCCGUCUUCGGCUCCUGCGUCUACCAGCGCUUCUCCCCCUCCCUCCUCGAGGCAAUCCCAGAAGCAAACACAAAGGGCUUCGCCCGCUCACUCAAAGAGACCGUUGACUCCCCCUGGGACCUGCAGAUCUCGAAGACUCGAGUCCCGCGUGGCAUCCGCGUUGUCAUGGGAGACGUCGACUGCGGGUCUAGCACGCCCGGGAUGGUCAAGAAGCUUCUUGCCUGGCGCACAGCGCACCCCGCCGUCGCGAAGAAGAUGUGGGAUGAGCUGGAGAUGCUGAACCGCGGGCUGAUUGACCUGCUGGAGUCGCUGCGCAUCUCGUCCGAGGAGGAGCCCGGCGCAUAUUCUGGCGCGCUGGAUGCAAUCCGGAAGCAUGGGUGGGCGCACCCGCACCCACAUGAGCGCUGCCUCACCACGCUACGAGAGAUUGGAGGACAGAUUGCGGCAAUCCGGGUGAUAAUCCGUGGGAUGGGGGAGGCGGCAGGGGUGCCGAUUGAGCCAGAGGCGCAGACGAAGCUGUUGGAUGCGGUGGAGGGGGAGGUGAAUGGGGUGCUUGGUGGGGUGGUACCGGGCGCGGGAGGGUAUGAUGCUGUAGCGUUCCUACUGGUGGAUCAUCCGGAGACGGUGGGGGAGUUGAAGGCAGCGUUGGGGAGGUGGAAUGGUGGCACGGCGCAGGGGAAGGGCGUGACGGGGGAGAGUGUUAAGGCGUUGGAAACGAGGGAGGAGCAGGAGGGCGUUAGAAGGGAGCCGUUGGAGGGGUAUGAGGGGUUUGUGAGCUUUGCGUAG